GUUGUUUACAAAAUUUAUGAUCAGGCAAAAGACAAAGCCGAAUAACCAUCAAGAUAGCACUAUUUUGGCUCAGUGAUGUGUAUAAGGUAUGAUUGAUGUCAGUUACAUGCUUAGAAGAUGUAGCCAAGUCGAUGAAGCUGAGGAUGAUGUGUUUUUAGAGACGUCGGUCUUCCUGAGGAGGUCCUCGUAUCGAAUCUCAGCAUGGAUGAGCAAGUUGUAACAGAUGGAAACUCUGUUGGAAGGAGGAGUGAUGCAGAUGCCAGCACGUUGCUGAAUUGUACUGCAAAACUUCCUAUCAAAAAUAAUGUUGACAGGUCGUGUGAGGGAGAUACCGACAUGAGCAAAAUCACUGGUGGUCCUGAACUUUUAAAAGAGACUGACAUUGAUUUAAACCAUUCCCAUUUCGAUCAUAUCGUGAAUGGCGAUAUGAAAAAUGAACAUGGUACUUCUAAUGAAAGAAAUGGCAUUGCAAGUUGUGACAGUUCAAAUGACAUUGAAUCUGGUGACACGGGUCAAGUUUCCGAUGAACUUGAUUGUGGAGUUCUUCCAGUGGAACAUAGUGACAUUCUUGAUUGCAAAGAUCAACCAGUUGUGGAAACAUCUGAAAGUGUAGAUGUUGGCAUAAAGGUUGCUUCAGGUGAGAAAAAUGAGUCUGAAUCUGCCGCAGUUGAUUCAAGUGAAAAACUUGAUAAAAGCAUUCCUGUUUCCAUGGAUACUGUGGAUUCCGUUUCCAUGGAUGCUGAAGACAUUGAUUUAAAUUACAAAGUAGACCUUGCUAGUAAUAGUCGUCACGUCGUUAACCUUGUUGAGGAUAGCUCAGAUGCCAUUGUAGGAGCAAGUUUAAAAGUAGAUGAUGGAAAAUCAGGACGAAAUAAUUUUGAUGCUUUGAGACCAAGUGAGGGUAACGAAGGACUCAAAAAGGGGCAGCGUUUAAAAAAUGUUUCUCAAACUGAGGUUGUCAAUUUCGAUUCAGAUUCUAGUGAGGCUCCUGAUGUUAAGGACAAAGUGGUUACCAAAGAGGAAAAGGUUGCUGAUUUGGACGAGGGUUCCAAAGAGUCGGACAUUGUUUCUAAGGAAACAUGUGCAGGUGAAACUGUGGACAAGGAGAAGGAUGUUGCUGGGCCUCCUGUGGAAAAGACUGAACAAAACGAGACAGUUGAAAAAGCCAAUGAGGAAGUUAAAAUGGACGUAGAUGAUGAUUUGAGUAGAUACUUGAUGGGAGAUGCAAAUGUGAUCGGUGAUCUUGUGGAAUCGCUUCAUGAGGAAUAUUCAACGCCAACACCAAUGGACAGUAGGACAGAUGAGCUAAUGUACGAUUCGCGAUACUCGCAGGGGACAGCCGAUAUGAUGACGGACGAGCUAAUGUACUCGCAGAACUCGCAGGGAACAGCAAUCUAUGAAUCUGACAACUCGUUCAAAUGUCAGCAGUGCGAAACUUGGUAUAAUACCUCGGAAGAAUUCCAGGAACACGUCGUCGGCCAUCUUGUGCAGAAUAGUUUAACGGCCGAUACGAUGGAUGACGAUGGCUGGUCGACGUGUCCAAUUUGUCUCGUGAUGUUUCCUGAAUUCUCACUGUACGAGGAGCACUUGAAAAAUCACUUGAAUAAUGUUAACAAGUGUACAGUUUGCAAUAAAACAUUUAGUGAGAGAAAAGACUUAGAAGAUCACGUUAAUAAAAUUCAUAAUGUCGAUCGCCCUUUUAAAUGUUCAGAGUGCGACAAAAUGUUCAAAUCACUCUCAAUGCUUGGGGCGCAUUUGCGGAAAAUUCACAAAAAGGAGUUGUCUGCCAGGUGUGAUUUCUGCACAAUGUCGUUCCUAAGUCAAGAAGAUCUUGACUUCCACAUGAGACUAAAACAUGCUAAGAAACUCAAGAAAAGUGGAAAGAAAAGAAAACGUCAGUACACAUGCAAAGUCUGUUCGCGGAUAUAUUUUGAUCGGCAAGGGUUUGAACUGCACAAGCGCAAAGGGCAUAGGCCUGUUAGUGUAAAUGUUCCUGAUGCAUCAGCUUCAACUGUAUCUGAAUUGAACAGAGCGCCUAUUCUUGGACCGAAGCUCAGCUCCCUUGGUAGAAAUAUCACUUUAAUUCCUUCAGGUGGACAUCGCGAAAUUUCCUCUGUGUCAUCUCCGAUAAUUGGCGAGGCAAAAAUGUUCCUUUCAGCUGUCGAGCAGGUCAUUGGUAAAGAAGUGGGGCAGACGCAAGAUGAACAUUCAAAGCAGACGGAUAAUGAAAUAUUAAAGCAGAUGCCGUCUGCGGAUUGUUCUGAUUCUGGCGAUGAUGGCACGCCUUCAAAACGCCGCAGGUCUCGUCGCGUUGCCUAUCUUGGGAGUCUGGUUUAUGGUUGCAAGCUGUGUAAAAGACGCUUUGCUACGGAGAAUGAGUACAAGGCUCAUCUGAAGGAGCGACACAACUCAUUUUUGAAUGAUUAUGGUGAAGUCGUCCGCCUGUCUCGACUUGAAAACCUAAUAAAACGCAAAAGGAAAUCAUCCCAGUGUAGCGGGACGAAAUCCCGAAAACCGAGGGUACAGGAAUUGAGGGAUGAGUCGGAACCCAGUGGUAGUCCGCAGAAUAGUCCUAUGAUGUUUGACAAAGAGGAGGAGGAUCCACUCUAUGAACCAGCGGCAUCUAGCGACGAUGAUGAUGAUGAUGAUGACAACUCGCCAAAACCCAAAGCAAAGAUAGCGGAUGUUGUUGUGGACGCAAAAAAGUUGCAACCGGAUGUAAUUCCACCUGAUGUCGACCCUCAGAUUGCAAAACUCCCAGAAGGUCGAACUAUGCGGGCAUGGAACUGUACAAUCUGUUAUCUGACUUUUUUCAAAAUUUUAGACCUGAAAAACCAUGUCAUGAGUACGCAUUUAAAACCAAUAGUUGGGGGGUUAGCGGGGUUUUUUUUGUGCCCAUACUGUGCGAAAGCAUUUCGAACAAAGAUGCUGGUCCAGAAACACAUCGGUUACUAUCACUCCUUAAAAGAGUUAUUGGAAAAGCAUUCAAAGCCCAAUGCGGUUGUGCCUGCUCUUUCGCUUAUGAGCUGUAAGAUUUGCGGGCAGCAGUUCUUGGGGUCGCUGUGUUUGAAUGACCACAUGAAGAGGUGUCAUUUCGAGAGACACCAGCUGCAGCAGUAUCACUGCCAUCUUUGUAAAAAAUCGUACCGGCAAAUGGAAAUCCUUCUCAAUCACAUUCGUUCGGAUCACGAUGAGAGUAAAGUAAAUGCAACUCCGCCAGCAUCGUUUAGUUCAAAUCAUCAGUUGCCGUCCUCGAAAUCAAAUCACUCUGUUCAGACUAAAAAAACGGGAACAACAGAAGCUGCAAGAAGGUUUUACUAUGCUUGCGCGGUUUGUGAGGAAGGCUUUAAUAGAGAGGCUGAUUUAGAGGACCACAUCGUCUCGAUACAUCGUCUUGCUAUUGCGCCAAAUCGCCGCGAGAAAAAACCAUAUGGAUGCUUACUUUGUGACAAACGGUUCAUGCAGUUGAACUCGAUAACAUUACAUCUUGUUUCGUACCACAAACAGGACGAGAAUGACAUAAUGGGUGGGAGACGAAAGGAGCCUGAAGAUGAUAGAAGACGAACGCAUCAAUGCCUCAUCUGCCUUGAGUACUUCAGUAAGAAGAAGUUCUUGGAUAAACACGCCCGAAGGAACAAUUGUCGUCCGUCGUCGCAACCGAAGCGCCAAUUACCGAAACGGCGGGCCAUUGUUCACAAUGAAGGGGAAAGGCCGUUGAAUUGUCCAAAGUGUACCGGAAAAUACUGGGGCAAAGCGUACCUGUAUCUGCACGUUCUUGAGGUUCAUGGUAAUGGUGUACUUGGGGAGUUUCUUUUGAAGAAGAAAAUCGAUGAUGCAGCGAAGGAAGAUUUCAAUGAUGACACAGAGGAGCAAGAAGGGCCAUUUCCAGUGGCGAUGUACACAGCAGGAAAUCGACCAACAGGAGAGUCGUCUCGCCGACCCCUCCGAGGGGGUUUCCUUCCAGCAGGGAGGAUUGGAAAACCAGACCCUGUAGCUGUACCGGCUUCUUGUUCAUCAGCGCCAGUUAAAAUUGUACCGAAAGAGAAUCCUAGUACACCUGAUGUAAUAGAUUUGACAGAUGAUGAUCCUGUUGAGAAAGAGCCAAUACCAAAACUGAAAAUUAUCAAAAGAACACCAGGUAACCAGGUCGCACCCGUCGGUAUGGGACAGCAAGGACGAGGUCAUCAUCACUCUAAUGAUCGCCAGCAGCAGCCACAGCGCCCAGGUGUUCCUGUGAACCGGAACGUUGGGCCAGAUAUGGUUCGUCGAGGUGUGAAGAUGAACCGGCAAGGCGGUGGAUGUCCUGGUGGGCAGUUGAAUAGGCAAGUCCAGCAAGGAGCUGUUCGUCCACCAGGCGCUUCCUCAAUGGGUGAAAGGCAGGCUCCCACUGCAAGUCAGAAUGUCCGACAAAGACUUAAUCAACAAAUUGUAAGAAGAGAAAACCCGGCCAUUGGACAGAAUCAUGCUUCAAAUCAGGUAGCAGGUCCUGGUAGCAGUGCAGGGCAACCUAGGCCUGGGUCUUCACAUGCCAUGUCCUCGCAAGCUAGGCCUGUGUCCAGUACAGCUGGUGGACUGCCUAGGAGUGUCACACACUUGAGCAGUACACCAAAUCUACCACCAAGGGAGAGAAUUUCGAGUCAACCAAGACUAAUUCCAUCAGGCGUGCAGAGACCCGGUCAACCGCCUGUGAAAAAUACAACCGGGCCAAAAAUAACUGCCAUUGUUGAUCUCACUGAGGAUUCAGAUGAUGAAAUCGAAGAGCCGACAAGAAUUCUGCAAAAUGAAAACACAAUAAAGUGCAUCCAUUGUCCUAAGAUGUUCACGGAGCCGUUGCAAAUGUUGAUCCACGUGUAUUCAGAUCAUGUGAAACACAACCCAUACGUGUGCGCGUUUUGCGAGGAGACGAUAACGGACAGUCAGGCUCUGCAGGACCAUAUCAAAACUCACGAGCAGUUCAAGAUAAUUAAGAGUAUAAUCGGGUCGAAAGAUGGCUUGAAAUUGCCGUUCGUUAUAGAGGAGGAGACUGCUCCCGAAGUCAUCGUUCUUUAACAAAAUUAGUCUAGGCCAGUUGAGUCACAAGCAUUUAUAUUGUUGCAAUUGUACAUGUAUGUAUUUCUCAAUGAAAGGCGAAAUGUACUGCCAUGGUUAUUACCCGUAGUUAAGAUUAUUUUUCAUGUGACUGCUUUAUUAUGAUACGAUACAUGUGUACAUUUCAAAAAUUCUCUGCGAGAGAAAUGUACAGUGAUUUUAUCUGGACUUCAGAUGUUGUGUUACUGUCAUAUAGGACUUGUAGUCUUGCGCCAUUUUUUUUGUGGAUAUUAUGAUAUAACCUACAAAUGAUAUAUUUAUAGUCACUUUCUUUGAUGAAACUUUUUAAAUAUUGAUCGAUUACCAAUCAAGUUGCAGUUUUAGGUUUUGAUAUUAAUCUUAUGCUCUGGUAGCAAUUUGUUCAUGUGGUCAAUCAGGUAAAAGGUGCAAAUUUUCGCAAUUUGGAUAUUUAGCUUGAAGCAGUAUCUUGGAAUUCUUUUUGAAUAUGAACAUUACCUUAGUUGUGUUUUAAUGUUUGUUUAGAAAAGUGAUGCAGCUACAUGUAUGUCCAAUUGUAAAGUCCCAAUUCACGUAUAGCUAAUGGAAUUCUUUUUGAAUGAGGAAGCGAACUUUUGAUCCCCGAAUGUGGCGCAAUCAACAACUGAUGCCUCCACAUGUUGAUUUCUGCGUAAUUUGAUUUAAAAUUACCAGCCGCAAUGAAGUCAUUUUAUUUCAGGUUGAUUGUUCAGCAGAUCAUCCCUGUGAAAUUAUCUUGUCAUCCUGUUAUUGCUGUGAAUAUUUGAAAUAUAUAAAUAAAA